GCCUUAAAAGUCUUCAACCCGACCCGUCCUCCUGUCAGACAUGGCAAAAACCCUAAUGCCCCCUUUAUAAUCUCUCACAAACACUGCCUCCUUCCUCCCAUCGCUCAGAGAGACGUCCCGCAGCCCCGCAGCGCCAUCCUCACCCCCGAAGCCACCAAGGAAAGCGAAGAGUUAGAUUGAAGAAAAAUGGCGUACGCAGCGAUGAAACCAACGAAGCCGGGACUGGAGGAGUCACAGGAGCAGAUCCACAAGAUCAGGAUCACUCUUUCCUCCAAGAACGUCAAGAAUCUCGAGAAAGUUUGCACUGAUCUGGUUCGUGGUGCCAAGGACAAGCGCCUGAGGGUGAAGGGACCCGUUAGGAUGCCAACCAAGGUUCUGAACAUUACCACCAGGAAGUCCCCUUGCGGUGAAGGUACCAACACAUGGGAUAGAUUUGAGUUGCGUGUCCACAAGAGGGUUAUCGACCUGUUCAGCUCACCCGAUGUUGUCAAGCAAAUUACUUCCAUCACAAUUGAACCUGGCGUCGAAGUGGAGGUUACUAUCGCCGACUCUUAAACUGUCUACCCGUUUCAGAGUAGCUUUCCUAGUUAUUUGGAUAAUGAGCUUGUCUGUUCUAUUUUAAUUUUUGUUUUAAAGACUUUGUAGCGUUUGCAAUUUCUUGAGCUGAGAUUUUGGUAUGGAUAUGCACACCGGAGCCUAUUUCAUCAUUUAAUAGAAGUACUUUUUGCAAGA